AGAACUCUACAAUUCUUCUAUAUACUUUCUCAACUCUUGUCUCCAAGAUUGCAUGAGAGAAAAAAAAAAAGUGAUUGAAAUCAAUCUCUUGUGACGUAAUGGCGAUUGAAACAGAGGACAUCAAGUACGAAGAGAGUUUCAUAAAGAACACUCGAGGAUUUAAGUUGUUCACAUGCAGAUGGCUACCAACAAACAGAGAGCCAAGGGCUUUAGUUUUCCUUUGCCAUGGAUAUGGCAUGGAAUGCAGUAUCACCAUGAAUAGUACUGCUAGAAGGCUUGUGAAGGCAGGAUUUGCGGUAUAUGGAAUGGAUUAUGAAGGACAUGGAAAAUCUGAUGGGCUUAGCGCUUAUAUCUCAAACUUUGAUCGUCUUGUUGAUGAUGUCUCAACUCACUACACAGCUAUUUGCGGUAACGUUGACUUUGUGAUGGUAAAAGUCAACUUAUUGAUUGAUAUUUUUGUGUGACAAAAAAACGUUGUAAUGGAAAAAACUAUAUAAUUGGUGAAUCCAUAUGAAUUUUCUUGGUCGAACGUGCGAUGAUGCAAGCAGCUGAUAAUGAAUAUCUUGAAAGUUGUUUUUCUAUUUGACAUAUACUUAAUUAUCUCUUGGAAUGCAAAAUUGAAAUAGAGAGGGAAGAAAACAAGUGGAAGAUGAGGUUUAUGUUAGGAGAGUCAAUGGGAGGAGCAGUUGUUUUGUUGCUAGGCAGGAAGAACCCUGACUUUUGGGAUGGAGCUAUCUUGGUCGCUCCAAUGUGUAAGAUCGCAGAAGAAAUGAAGCCAAGUCCUUUUGUUAUUUCGAUAUUAACAAAGCUUAUUUCGAUUAUACCCAAAUGGAAAAUCAUUCCUAGUCAAGAUAUCAUCGAGAUUUCAUAUAAAGAGCCAGAAAUUAGAAAACAGGUUAGAGAAAAUCCUUUAUGCUCGAAAGGACGACCACGCUUGAAAACUGCGUAUGAGCUCUUAAGGAUCAGCAACGACUUGGAGAAGAGACUUCAAGAGGUUUCAUUGCCGUUUUUGGUAUUACACGGAGAUGAUGAUAAAGUAACAGAUAAAGCAGUGAGCCAAGAACUGUACAAGGUUGCGUUGAGCGCUGACAAGACCUUAAAGUUGUACCCUGGGAUGUGGCACGGUUUGCUCACCGGCGAGACACCAGAGAACAUCGAAAUUGUCUUUGCCGACGUCAUCAGUUGGUUGGAAAAAAGAAGUGAUUAUGGAAAUGAUAGGUUUGAGUCAGAGCUUAAACAGCGUAAUGAU